AUGGUCCUUAACCUUGUCCAGCUUGGAGAAAGCCUCGUUUUUAAAACAGGUCAAGAUGUGAUGGCAGGCAACGGUGUAGUAUUGUUUGGAAUGAGCCCUGAAAAUCCAUACUUUAAAUCCCACGUUAUUGAGGACUAUGUGCAAUACUUGGGAAAGGACGAAAGAAGAAUAAUUGUGGUUGUACCACAGCAGCCAGCUGAACAUACGUACAGAGCUCUGGGGAGUAAAGAUGCUGUGAAACGAGCCAAGAAAAACUCCAGUCAGCUCAAGUCGCAUUGCAGAAGAGCUAUUGAUAAGGUAUGUACGGAAAAAAAUAUAAUACUGUCACUGAUUAAUUUUUGAUACUUGAAGAAAGCUUCAAAAUCCACCACAACAUUUGUUUAUUUAUUAUAUUUGUAUUCUAUAAAACUGACGCGCACUCGAUCUCUUUCAUAGGCUGGAUACAAGCUAAAAUUGCAUUUAAUUUUUUUUUCAUCCGCCCUCUUCACUGUGGGUGUCUUUCGUGAAACACGUUUUUUAGUGACAACGGGACAUGCACUAUUUUUUGACACUCCCCAAUUGUGCGCAUGCGUGAGUGACGUCACUGACCUGCUUUUUCUCAGUUAAAAACCGUAAUAACUAAUGAGGCUAAUUUCGCAACUUUGGCUAAUCUUCUGUGUAUUACGUACAUGUCGAAAGUAUGUUGUGUGCUUCUGUGUAGAGAUGCGCUAAAUUUCACAGAGAACUGACAGAAAUCUAACGGAGUAUUUCUCGGAAAAAGUAAUAGGUUUAAAAUUAUGGUGAAUAGUAAAUGAUAUUUUAAAAUUGGCCAGAAAUACAACUUUUAUUCACUUUCAGUAUUAAAAAAAUGAUUUAAUAAAUAACGAUAAUAAAAGUAAAGGAAACAUUAUAAGGUUUGUAACCAGCCCGUAAUAAAUUAAACGCAAGAAAACUUGGAUUUAAAACAAAUUAGAAACUAACGAUUCCGCCCCCUGAGAAACCGGAAACCGCGCUAGAAAAGUCUCUGGCACCCUGGGUAACCCCCUAAAGAUUUUUAGGUUGCUAAAGUAUUAUUGCAACUUUCUUCACGAUUCAAAGAUUAACGUGUCGACCUUCGGCCGGCAUGAAGCAUCUCCGACGCACGUAAGGGAAAAAACACUCUGUACCCACGGUUAGAGAAAUAAUAAUUUUACGGCUUUUCAUCAUUCAGUAUGGAUUAAAUCAUUAUUUUCUACUGUUGAACAGGUCUCCAAGACUGAUGAUGUUCCUGGGGAGUUUUAUAUGUUGGACUGGACUUCAGAAGUAGACAAACACGAAGUUUACAUUGCAGCCUUAGACUAUAUCAUCAGUUUUUACAAAAGUAACUCUUACUUUCGCCAGGACGUCGCACGAUCGACCGCAAAAGUGUUAGGAAAAGAUUCUACAUCCUCUGAGAGUGAAUCAGGUAAGCAAGUGAAGGAGGAUAUCAGUGUUUUAAAAGUCGAAUUAUCUAAACUUUUUCGGUUUCCAUUUCUUGAGUUGUCUUUUCAAUUCUCGGUCAAUGGACUUUGAAACACGGAUCCGUUUCCGUUUACACCAAAUCUACGGUUUAAAACCCGUUGCGUAUCCUUGUCGCGCCUUCGACGCGCAAUUUUCCAGGAUUCAGGACUAAAGAAAUAAAAAAGUUGAGCCAGCCGGUGUACAAACUAUGUUAAGAGCAUGAAAAGUGGUGGACAUUCCCGCCAUAUGAGAAGAUCUCCGAAAUUUAAGCAUUUUUGUUUUUGUGCAUCUGUUUUUUUUUCCGUUUUUGUCCAGCCAUAAAAUCUUGUCAUUUCUUGCUAUCGUUCGGUCGUCUACCCAGUUAACUCGAUUUCUACGCAUGACCCCAAAAACGGGGGAGGGGAGAGGCGGAGCUAAACUCAGUACAUGCACCAAGGUUUUGCCUUUCGUUGCAUAACGCUUUAAAUACCCUCCCGGUGGGGUAUGCAACAACGUUUUAUACAAGGAAGCUCCAAACCCUUACCCUUGUAUAUACUAUUUCCGACAAAAAAGGUGCCCCUUUUGUAUACCUUUUAUUGACAAAUGCUACCCCUUUCACAUACCUAGUAUAACACCUUUGCAUUCCUUUUAGAGCGGUUUUCACCUGACUGUCGUAAAACCAAAACCAAAGUAAAUACACUAGCGAACCAAAAGGGCGUAGUAAAACCAAAACCAAAACCAAAACCAAUCCCUUUCGACAGUCAAGUGAAAACCGCUCUAAUUACCGUAAAUGAACUGUAUUUACUAUAUAAAUACAGUUGAACCUCUCCUCAAUGGCCUGGUCGUUGUAGACAGAUGGAAGUUGUGAAGAGGUGGCCGUUAGUGCAGGUUGGACUGUAAAUUACAAAUCUAGAAUGUUUCCUCGACUUUUUUUACAGCCAUAAAAUGUGCCUGUUAGCCCUUUUGGAGCUUUUUACAAACUGAAAUGACAGAUUUCCCUAUCCUUUUAUAUACUUCAACUUCCGAAUUCCAUACCCUUUUAUAUAGCAAUGAUAUAUCUGAAGCCGGAAAAAGGUACCUAAUUAGGGCGGAAUCUCCCCCUAUACGCCAUUAUAGGAAGUACCAACCCCCCCCCCCUUACCCCCACAGUAUACUCUUCAAUGAAGACGGACCAAGUUUAAACUUUAGAAUCCUCAGAUUCUGAGCUUGAAGACAACGAAAGUGUGCAAGAAGGAGUUUACUACCUCCUGAAAGAACUAGCCUUCAUUAUCUCCAGCAAAGAGAUGUUCAGAACCGAAAGUGUGGCAGUUAUUUAUCAUCGCAGCUGGCCUGUCUAUGAGAAAUUUGUAAACGGAGAUUAUGAUGGAAAGCCAAAAGAAGGAUUGGGACUUGCAAUCAUCAACUAUGAUCUAGUGUAA